AUGUACAAGCACACACGCGUGGGUGUGUUCACAUGCUUGUUCUCUCACAUGCACACAUGAGUCCUCUCUCUCUUUGUUUCCUCUCUCCCCACCCCCACACACACAGACUCACACCUCCUCCCAUACUGUCCCUCUGGAAAGGAGGGCAGUGUCUGCUCAGUGCAGCAAAGCCACCUGGAGCCCCCAUGCCCACACGUGUCGCAUUUUGCUUCUGCGUGGACUUUUGCACUUCCUGGCUCCCCCCAACCUGAAACUGCUUGGGUGCGGCCGGAGCCCCAGUGGCAGCCCUAGUCGUCGCACGGCCUCCUGAGUCACUCAGGUCUCCAGUCACAGCCACGGGGUGAAGGCGUCCGUGGAGACCCUAAGUAGUCAUUAAAGCCACGGAAAGUCACCGCUAAGGAGUCCAAGGAGCAAGAAGUGAUGGGACUCGUGAGCAGCAAAAAGCAGGUCAAGGAGAAGGGCAAGGGUCGAUGGAGCCCCUUGAAGGUCAACGCCCAGGGCAAGACGCCCCCGCCGCUUCCGCCCCUGGUCAUGUUCAACCACCUCGCUCCUCCACCCCCCGAAGAACACCCGGAUGAAGAUGAGCACUUCGUGGUGGCCCUGUACGAGUAUGCCGCCACGAACGACCGGGACCUGCAGAUGCUGAAGGGGGAGAAGCUGCGGGUCCUGAAGGGAACCGGAGACUGGUGGCUGGCCAAGUCGCUGGUCACGGGGAGAGAAGGCUACGUGCCCAGCAACUUCGUGGCCCGGGUGGAGAGCCUGGAGGUGGAAAAGUGGUUCUUUAGAUCUAUUAGCCGGAAGGAGACGGAAAGGCAGCUUCUGGCCCCAGUCAACAAGGCCGGCUCCUUUCUCAUCAGAGAGAGUGAAACCAGCAAAGGGGCCUUCUCCCUGUCUGUGAAGGACGUCACCGCCCAAGGGGACAUCGUCAAGCACUAUAAGAUCCGCUCCCUGGAGGAGGGGGGCUACUACAUCUCCCCCCGGAUCACCUUCCCCUCGCUGCAGGCCCUGGUGCAGCACUACUCCAAGAAAGGGGACGGUUUGUGCCAGAGGCUGACGCUGCCCUGCGUGAACCUGGCUCCGCAGAACCCCUGGGCCCAGGACGAGUGGGAGAUCCCCCGGCAGUCUCUCAAGCUCGUCAGGAAACUUGGAUCUGGGCAGUUUGGCGAAGUCUGGAUGGGCUAUUACAGAAACAACGUGAAGGUGGCCAUCAAGACCUUGAAGGAGGGGACGAUGUCUCCGGAAGCCUUCCUGGGCGAGGCCAACCUGAUGAAGACUCUGCAGCACGAGAGGCUGGUCCGGCUCUACGCCGUGGUCACCAAGGAGCCCAUCUACAUUGUCACCGAGUACAUGGCCAGAGGGUGCCUGCUGGACUUCCUGAAGACAGACGAAGGUGGCAGACUGUCCCUCCCGAGACUGAUCGACAUGUCAGCCCAGGUCGCCGAAGGGAUGGCGUACAUCGAGCACAUGAAUUCUAUCCACCGAGACCUGCGGGCGGCCAACAUCCUGGUGUCCGAGACCUUGUGCUGCAAAAUCGCUGACUUCGGCUUGGCCAGGAUCGUCGAGAGUGAAUACACUGCCCAGGAGGGGGCCAAGUUCCCCAUCAAGUGGACCGCCCCGGAGGCCAUCCACUUCGGGGUGUUCACCAUCAAAGCAGACGUGUGGUCGUUCGGGGUCCUCCUGAUGGAGAUCGUCACCUAUGGGCGGGUGCCGUACCCAGGAAUGAGCAACCCCGAGGUCAUCCGCUGCCUGGAGCGCGGCUACCGCAUGCCGUGCCCCGACACGUGCCCGCCGGAGCUGUACCGCGGCGUCAUCGCCGAGUGCUGGCGCAGCCGGCCGGAGGAGCGGCCCACCUUCGAGUUCCUGCGGUCGGUGCUCGAGGACUUCUACACGGCCACGGAGCAGCAGUACGAGCUGCAGCCCUAGCCCCGCCCGCUGGCCCGGGUCGCCUCCGGAGAGCCUGGAGGACAGGCAGAGACAGGGGCGCCCAUUUCUCAGCCGAGGAAACCAGAGGCAGAGGCAGCUUUGCAGGCGAGUCCCGGCAGGAGCCCGGUCUGCCCAGCCUUCCCGGGCUGUGUGCCCUCGGACAAGUGCCUAGCCUCUCUGUGCCUCCACUUCCUCGUGUGUACAACGGGGAAGGCCCACACAGGUACCCACGCUGUAUGUCCUGUCCUGAGGACGGCGUUAGGCCCGGUGAGGUGUCUGGAACAGUGCCUGGCACACUGUUAAGUGACUGCCAUCAGGCUCCAUGCUGGUGCCAUGCCAGCAGGUGGGCCACAGGUGACCUCGAGCCCUGCUGCUCCGACCUGCGGGGGACCCCAGCCCUGUGCCCACCCUGUCAGCUGCAUUAGCGGGACGCGAUCCCGUAGACCUGCGGUGCCCAAUGUCCAGGCCACAGAAAACUUAUCUUCCAUGAAACUUAGGAAAGGGGGGCUGGACGCACAGCAGGAAGUGAGCGGCGGGCGAGAAGCUUCACCCGUACUUACAGCCGCUCCGUCGCCGGCAUCACCGCCUACCCCCCACUCCUCCCUCGCGUGGAAAAAUUGUCUCCCACGAAACUGGUCCCUGGUGCCAACAAGGCUGGGGACCGCUGUCCCCGACGCCCGUUCCAGGGGAGCCGUGCCGCGGGCUGCACCCGGCACUGGGGACUGUUCCAUAAUAAAGUCAGGAGAGUCUGGCCUUUUCCACGUCAUUCCCAGUGACCAGCCUGGACAUCUCACACGCGGCGCAGGGGCCCCGCGGUCACUGCCUCUCCUGGCCAGCAGGGGGCGCCCUCGCCUCGCAGAUCCGCAGCUGCUGGGCGUCCUGGUGGGCUGAGGGGUGUUUGGGAGGACCAGGACGGGGCAAGGGACCAAGGGGUGGAGACACCAAGAAACACUGGGGGCUCCCCACUAGUUAUCUUUUUAUUUUGUUUAUAAUGGACUGAAUGUUUUGAGCAGUUUCUGUUUACAGAAGAAACAGCAGAAAGUAACAGUGUUGCAAUGGUGUGGUCCUUUCCUUACAGUUGAUGCGCCGAGAUUGACACACUGCUGUUCACUAAAGUCCAUUGUUUAU